AUGGAUCUUUUCAUAACUCAUGAUCUUCAGACCAUAGAAGAACCCUUCGAUACUUCAUUAGAUACGUAUACAGUAGAUUCCAAUGAUAUUAAUACUUCAAUUACACAAGUAACCCAAACCCAAAUAAAUCAAGUAAAUCAAAUAACCGAGUCACUUUUGAAUUCGGAACACGAUCAUCUUUAUCAAUCUGUAUCAGAUACAAGUGGACAAGAGAUUUUAUUAAAUCUCUUGACAAAUUCUUUGUCAAUACAACAAAAGGAAUUAAUAAAUAAGGAAUGGAGUAAAGAUUAUCUAAAUCGUCUUACAUCACUUCCUUUUGAAUCACUUAAACAUGAACCAGCAUUAGUCAUAAAUGAAGAAUCCAAAAUUCAAAAAGAAUUGGCGGAAUUAUCAUUUAGAGAAUAUAAAUCAUGUAUUUAUGCUAAUACUUGUUCAACUGAAAUUAAUUCAUCACUUGAUAAUUUAAAUACACGUUUAUCAGAAUUAAUAUCUACCAUACCAACCUUAGAAAAUUUAUGUACAUCAUUCUCUCAACAAAUAACGCAAAUAUCACAACAACGAAAUAAAAUUAAUGUAAUGAUGGAACAACAUGAUAAUUUAUUGGAAAUUUUAGAAAUUCCACAAUUAAUGGAUAUUUGUGUUCAAAAUGGAUAUUAUUCGGAAGCAAUGGAUUUAUCGUCACAUGUUUCUAAAUUAAUUUUAAAGUAUUCAUCAAUUCCAUUAAUUCAAAAUAUUGAAAAAGAUGUUAAACAAAUUAUGCAAUUAAUGUUAUCAAAAUUAAUUACUCUCUUAAGUCAACAAAUCAAAUUACCAAGUUGUUUAAAAGUGAUCGGAUAUUUAAGACGGAUGGAAGCAUUUGAUGAAGCAGAGUUAAGACUCAUAUUUUUACUUUCAAGGGAUACAUAUUUAAAAUCGGAUGAACGAAUUACUUUAACGGCGACAACAGCUUUGGCAGAUUAUACAAUUCAUAUUCUUGAACAAUUGACUUUAAUUCUUAUCGAAUUUACACCUUUAAUUUCGGAUACAUCAUCCCUUUCAUCUAUUUUAACUCAACUCAUGUAUUGUGGAAUGUCACUUGGUAGAGUUGGAGUUGAUUUUAGACAUUUAAUAACAGAAUAUUUUGAAACAGCAGUUGAUCGUAUAAUAUCAAAGAUGAUUUUUGAUGGAACACAAGAAUUUUGUGAUGAUUUAAAACAAGCUAUUAAAAAUAUUGAUUUACCAAGUAGAUGGAUGAUAGUAAUUCUAUUGGAUUAUCCACCACUUGCUUAUUUAACAAAUGCAUAUUUAUCAACAUUUAAUGCAUUACGAUUAGUAGCUCCCGUAUCUUUAUUUUAUUCACUUGGUGAACAAAUUUCACAAAGUCUUUUAUUAAUUUCAAAUUUAUUACGUGAUUAUGGAAAUAUUUUAAUUCAAAAUGAUCAUGAUAUUACAAUUCUAUUGGGUUUUAAUGCUACAUUUUCUAAAAGUUUUGUACCAUUUAUUUCAAGAUGUUUUAUUGAAGGAGUUUAUGGAGGAAUGUUUGGUGGUAUAGAUCAAGUUGAAAUAAUUGAUAAUACAAAAAUUUUGGAAAAUUUAAAAGGUUUUUUACCUACUCCAAGAAUUCCUUCUAUUGUAAAAACUGAUAUAAAAACUGAUGAUACGAAAACUGAUGAUAUAAAAAUAGAUGAUAAAAAAACAGAUAUAGAAACAGAUAUAGAAACAGAUAUAAAGACAAAUGAAAAAACAAUUGAAAAAACAAUCGAAAAAACAAAUGAAAAAACAGAUGUGAUGAACAUUGAAGAUAACAAUAUUAAUACUUUAGGUAAAGAAAAAAAGAAUGAAGAAAUAGAUCUAAAAAGUCAAGAAAAUCAUACUAAUGAAUUAUUAUCUAUUGAGGAUGAAAAGACAGAAAAUAUUAUAGAUUUACAAAAAUUAAACAUGGCCGCUACCGUAAUGAGCAGUUCAGUUGGGGUAGUGGAUGAAACAGAAAUAGUUGAAUAUACUGAAUAUACUGAAGUCACUGAAGAAGUUGUUUUCGAAGAUAUCGAACACUUAGAUGCUGUUAAAGAAGUUGUUGAACCUGUAAAAAUUUAUAAUAACGAAACUUCCGUGAACAUCAAAAACAUUGAAAAAGUUGAUGAGUUGAAGUUAAUGACUUCAAUUGAUGCUGAAAAUAUUGAAAAUAAUGAAACUGCUGAAAAUAAUGAAAAUAAUGAAAAUAAUAUAGAAAAAAACACCGAAAAUGGUUUGAGUACAGGUCUCGAACAACCCGAAGAGUACGACGUUGAACCUCAUCACGAAAAUAUUUCUGUGUCCGAGGAAUUGGAAACAAAGGUCGAAAGCUGUUCAGCUCAUCCAGCAGAACCAUUGACUCCUCCCAAAAGUCCUACAGAUGAAAAGGACAAAAAAAAAUCAAUCCCUACUAGCAUAAAGGUACCCAAACCUUCCACGACACCAUCCAAAUCUAGUAAUAUUGCUAAAAAAACUACAACAGCUACGACGAAUGGUGUGAAUGGAGCCCACCCAACACGUGCUAGAAGAACAUCAAUAAGCAAAUCAAAUCCGCCUACACUGACCAAACCUCCAGGUGCACGUUCUUCAAGUACUUCUAGAGCAACCACUUCCGCAUUAAAGCAACCCAAUAGUCCUACUCUACAAAAAACACCAAUUACUCAUAAUAAAACUAAUUCAACUGCAACUCCCGCAAAAACUUCGGCACCAUCAAAAGGUCCAACCAAAACUACCACUUCUACAAAAGCUAUUAAUACCACAACUAAAACUACUCCUUCAACCCUUACCCCAAAACCAUCAUCAUCUGUACCUUUAUCAAGAAAGGUUUCAUCAAAUUCUACUAGUUCUAAUACUAGUGUUGCCUCUAAAAAAUCUCAUGUUGCAACGAACACAACAAAAUCUCCCACUUCUACAACACAUAAAAGUAAGACAAGUACUUCUUCUUCAAAUACUACCAAAAGUGUUUCACCAAAGAGUGCUCCAAAACAAAACGGUGUAGGAAAAGCAUCUACAGCUGAAAGUGAUUUCAAAGUAAAGAAUGAAGAACUUACACGUCAAAUUGAAGAGAAAGAUAAUUUAUUGAAAUCUAGUCAAGAAGAAUUGGAAAUUCUCAGAGCACAAUUAGUGAAAGGACAAGAUUCAGCUAGUGAAUCUGUUGAACAACAAGUUCAACAUUUGGAAGAAUUGAAAAAAGCACAUGAAGAAGAAACUUUAAAGAUGCAAAUUGAUAGGGAUGAAGCCAUUCUAGUUAAAGAAGCCGAGAUUGACUUACUUAGUAAAGAGGUUAAAAGGUUAAAGGAAGAGUUAAAAAAUCUCAAAAAACAAGAAGAAGAAGAAAGAAAAUCUUUAGUUGUUUCAAUUCAAGAAGAACACGCUAAACUUAUUGAACAAACAAAAAAUUCCAGUGCCGAAGAAAUUGCCCAAUUAACAGAAAAAGUUAAAAAUGCAGAAGCCAUCGCUGAGCCUCUAAAGGCUGAAUUAGAACCUCUAAAGGUUGAAGUAGGGACUCUAAAGGCUGAAGCAGAGACUCUAAAGGCUGAAUUAGAGUUACAACAUGCAAAUGCUAUAGAGCAAGCUAAAGAACUAUCCAGAGAACAAGCGAUAAAUGAAUUCAAGACUGCUCAGGGAGGUAACGUUAUUGCAGUCGAAACAUUAAAACUAAAACAUUUGGAUGAAGUUGCAGAGCUUAAGAAAACCCAUUCCCAAGAAUUACAAGAUCUUAAAGAUGCGCAUGAAGAGGAAAUUGAAAAUGCUAAGCUUGAACUUCAGACACUUCUUGAAAAACAACAUUCUGCUAAUGUAGCAAAUAUCGAACAAAUGCACUAUAAAGAAUCAAAAUCAAUUAGAUUUAAUCUUGAAUCUAAAUAUGAUGCAGUUCUUCAAGAGCAAGCGGCUUUGAAAUCUCAGCACUCUCAAGCUAUAGAAGAUCUCAAAAACCACCAUGCACAGGAAAUUGAGCUUCUCAAAUCAUCGGCGGAUCAAGAACUUGUACAAAAGUUUGAAGCUCAAAUUGCGGAACUUAAACUUCAACAUGAGAAUCAAUUGAAAAGUUUACAAGUUCCUAACGCGAACUCGGAACAACAAUGCGAAAGCGAAAUUACAGAGCUUAAAGAAAAAUACGAAACUGCCAUAAAUGAUUUGAAGGCUAGUCAUGAAUCUCAAUUAUCUCAAUUGCAAGGAACUAAUUCUGUUGCAGGAGAAUCAUUUACCAAGGAUAUAGAAGAAUUGAUGGUUCGUCAUGCUAAAGAGAUUAAUGAUUUGAAAGCUUCUCACGCCGCUGAAUUACAACAAAAAAUCGAUCCUUCGGUUAUUGAUGAAUUGAAAGCUUCCCACGUAAAGGAACUUGAGGAGUUACAAAAAACCAAAGACGAACUUGUUAGCGAAAUUGAUCAAAUUAAUGCAUAUAGCAAACAGUCCAUACAUGAGCUUCGUGAAUCUCAUAGUCAAGAAUUACAAGAGACGAUCACAGCUCUUGAUAAAGAAAUAAAAAAGAAAGAACAAGAUCAUUUAGAAGAGAUUAACCAGCUCAAAAGUCAACGUUCUAAUGUUGAAUCAGAAGCAAUAGAAGAUUUAAAACUAAAACAUCAAAAUGAAAAAGAUACGAUGCUUAACCAAAUUGCAUCAUUUAAGAAGCAAAUUAAAGAUUAUGAAGAACAACUUAAGGAAAUUACCGAAAAUAUCAACUUACUCACGAAAGAUCUUGAAACAGAAAAAUCAAGCAAUGAGUCCAAAAUAAAAGAAGUUACUGAGUUAUAUGAAGAAGAAAUUGCACGAAUGAAAGCUACUCAUGAUGAAGAGAUGGAACAAAAAUUACAUGAAUCUAGCAUCAAAGAUAAUUCUUCUCUUGAAUCCUUACAUAUUGCACAUAAACUUAAGAUUGCUGAGCUUGAAAAGGUCCACGCACAAGUUCUUGAAGAAAAAGAAGAACUUCUAAAGUCUAAAUCUAUGGAGAAUAGGUGGCUUGAGGAAGAGAAUGAUCAACAAGACGCCAAAAUAGCAGAGCAAAAUAAGGAAAUCGAGAAAUUUAAUAUUGAAACUCAAAAACAUAGACUUGACCUGGAUGAACUCCGCAAGGAAAACGAACUACUGAAGGCUGAAAACGAUCAAAUGCUCAAGUUGAUUCAUAAGCUUCAGGCAGAAUUAGUUAGCCAUCAGUUGUAA